CGGCGCUAUACGAUCUUUGGUCGAACUUCCAUUCGCUAAAACAUCUAUGGCUAGGGUCUAGCCUAGGCCUAGAAACAGAAAAAGAUGAUGAUGGGUUUGGCAGGUACCGAUUAAAUGUGUGUAGCAUCUGCAGUGUCUCCCAUUCAACAUGCUUGAAGGAAUUGGUGUGUUUGGUACAGGCUCCCUAGCACGAAUCACCAUAGCAGCCCUCAAAUCUGUAGGUUUAAAGGUGGUUGCAUUAUGGGGCCCCACUCAAGUGAAAGCCAAGGAAAUUGCGUCAAUGUUUGACAUAACCUUCUACACUGAUAAAAUUGAUGAUGUUUUACUCCAUCAAGAAGUGGACCUUGUGUGUAUUACUAGCCCACCGCAUUUACAUGCCCAAGUCGCCUCGAAGGCAUUGAGCAUCGGCAAACAUGUGUUGUGUGGUAAUCCUGCCGGACUGAACGAGCAUGAUGCUCUGAAAAUGGUAGAAGCGGCCCGUUAUUACCCACUGCUUUCCCUCAUGAGCCAUGGAUUGCGAUUUGUUCCUGCGUUUAUGGAGAUGAAGAAGAGCAUUGAGAAGGGUCAAGUCGGAGAGGUCAAUCUUUGUGAUGUACGAGUAGCUUGCGGUUCAUUAGUUAAGGAGAAGUUCAAUUGGAUGUGUGAUGAGAAUAUGGGAGGGGGUGUGCUGAAUACGAUUGGUUCGCAUAUCAUUGAUAUAAUUACAUUUUUAACAGGUCAAAAAGCUGUCAAAGUUCGAGGUAUGAUGAAGACAUUCGUUACGCAGACCGAAAGAAUAAAUGGAAUACGGCAUAUAACUAGUGAUGAUUUUUGCUGCUUUCAAAUGGAAUUGAGUAAUGGGGGAUGUGCAACAGUCACGCUUAACACACAUGUUCCUGGCCAUUUUUCUCAAGAGGUGCUUAUAGUAGGGUCAAAAGGUCGUCUUAGAGUUGAAGGUGCUGACCUGUAUGGUCAAUUAAGUGGUAGCAAAACAGAAUCCUUGAUGAUUAGCGAUACACUGCGUAUAAACCACCAGCCAGGUGGAAUAACCGGUAGUUCAGAUUUGCCAUUGCCGUAUUUAAAGGGUUUAUUUAAACUGAUUGAUUCUGUCAAAGAGUCGUUUGAGCGCAGUCAAGAGAGGCGGGAUUGGGACCAUGAACCUGUUGCCAUGGCAGCUAAUUUUGAGGAUGCUCUGUAUGUCCAGUAUGUGAUUGAUGCCAUUCGGCAGUCCAGCCAUUCAGGGAAUUGGGAGAGAAUUGUCAUUAAGAACAAGGAAGCAAGUGAAAAUCCAUUCUUACAACCUGGUGGAUUAUGAUAUAAGAUUCUGACUAUAGGUGCUUCAGCGUAUUAAUUGCAGUAUAUGUAUAAGUAUUUACCAACUGUUGUUCCUUCCAAAGAAUUAGAACCAAGAAUCUUGUAUCUCUUUGAUUAUUCUUUCUAAAAUGUGUGUACUGUAAAACACUUUAAGACAUUUUUUUACUAAAAAGGAAAAUGGUUUAAAAUGUAAA